AAGUGUCCGCAUCCCAGUCUCGCGGCUACAUCGCCCGCGGAUAGUCGCGGACGCGCGUCACCGUAUACAGUUAUUGUCGGUGUUUAGUUGUGCCAUAAAUUAUUUAAAAAUCCGUCGAUAUUCUUAAAAACCAACACGAUGGAUCCCGAAGCAUUUUUGGACCUGGCCAACCAGGUCAUUAAGUUGAAAAUGUACCCGUAUUUCGACAUAGCACAUUCUCUAUUAUGCGCUCUUGCAGUCAGGGAAGAUUUGGGAGCCGGCGCUCAAGCUUUCUCCCGCAAGCACCCUCUGUCGUGCUGGCUGUCCACGAUGCUGGUGAUCUUCGCGGGCGGCAUGGUGGUCAACGGCCUGCUGGGAGAGCCGAUACUGGCGCCGCUCAAGAACACGCCGCAACUCGUCAUCGGAACUGUUACCUGGUACAUAGUAUUCUACACACCAUUCGACGUGGGGUAUAAGGUAGCGAAGUUUCUACCAGUCAAAGUUGUCGCAUCUGCCAUGAAAGAGAUCUAUCGCGCCAAGAAAGUGUACGACGGAGUCAGCCACGCCGCCAAGCUCUAUCCUAACGCUUACGUUAUUAUGAUCAUUGUUGGUACCCUAAAGGGUAACGGUGCCGGAUUCACCAAGUUGGUCGAGCGGCUGAUCCGCGGCGCUUGGACUCCCACCGCCAUGGAGACCAUGCAGCCGAGCUUCUACACCAAGGCGUCCCUGGUCGCGUCCGUUAUAUUCGUGUUGGACAAGAAGACCGACCUCAUCUCCGCGCCGCACGCUCUCGUCUACUUCGGCAUUGUCAUCUUCUUCGUGUACUUUAAGCUUUCUUCCAUUUUGCUGGGUAUCCAUGACCCCUUCGUGCCGUUCGAGAAUCUGUUCUGCGCAUUGUUCCUCGGAGGCAUUUGGGACUCGCUGGCCAAGCUCCUCGGCAAAGGACAGCCCAAGGAAGAGACGAAGGAUGCCAAGAAAACUAAUUAAUGUUCAUCACGUUUUGCGACAUCUACGCCACGCGAUCAACUGACACCGACAAUAUAAAUGGCGACAGCACCUGCAAGGGGUAUAUAAAAAAUAAAAAAAAAACACGAAAAAAAUAGUAAAACCCUGAAAUCCUUAAAAAAAUGGCACAACGACCAAAGUUAUCAUUUUCAUUAGUAUUAAGAUUGCCUAGUUGUAAUGUUAAUUAAGACGCAUGUUAUAUGUUUGAGUAGUUCCUAAAAUCCUGAUUUGCCAAAUAUUUGUGAUACAUUAUAAUUAAUGUGACAUUUCUAUGCCAAAACCCUUGGUUUGUACUUAAGAAUGAGUAUUAAUUUCUUUUAUAGUAAUGAUAUGCUUAUCAGCUGUGUUAUGUGUGAAAAAAAAGAAAACCAUCGAGCAUUGUAAUUACAUUUUAUUUUAGUUUUAAGAUUUUAUCGAAACGACUAUCGACUAUUUCCGACUUCCUUUUAAACAACGGGUUAGAUAAAUCUCUAUUGAACAUUUUUCUAACUUUCUGCAAUAUUAUAGCAAUAAUUAGAAUUAAGACAUGAUAGAUUUCUUGUUAGCCAAAUAUUUAAAUGACAUGUUCAUAUAGAUUUUAUGAUAUACCUUAUUUCAACGUUAGCAUAUAUUUACACAACUUUGACAAUGUUAAUGAAUACUAUUAUAUUAUAUAUAAAAUUUAUUGAAACGUCUGUCUGAUUCGCAUGGGUGCUAGCGAUGAGGAACACACGUUUCGUGAAAUUUGGAUUUUAAUUGUUCAACAUCACAUAAUAAUGUUAUAAUAAUUUAUUACUUGUCUUGCAUAAUAUUUCCGCUUGAAACCACUGACCGAGUCGCACGGGUGCAAGCGACGAGGCUCACUGCGUUUCAUAAUUUUAUUAAUUCAAUUGAUUGGGUAUGACAAAGGAAGGAAUUAAAUUGUUUUUAUUUA